GCUCGACUGACGGAAGCAGCUCGCGGUCUGCUCUCAUCCCCUCCUCCUCGUCGUCGUCGAGCGGCAGCGGCCAGCGUCCGUCGGGAGACCGGCAUUUCCUCUUGGCGGGGGCCGAAUCCAAUCCGAGCUUUUCAGCGCAUAAAUAAUUUGCUAACAUGCAGACAAGCGGCCAGUAGCCUUUGCACCGUUUGAGGCACAAUGAAGAUAGCUUUUCUCACGCUGUUGGUUCUCUCUCUGCUCCUGUUCCCCAGUGGAAUCUGCAAGAGUUUGGCUGCAGGGCCUCCUGUUGUGAAUAUUGGCUCUAUUCUUCAAUUUAACUCCACCACUGGAGGUGUUGCGGAGGUUGCCAUCCGUUCAGCCUUGGAAGAUAUCAACUCUGAUCCAACAGUUCUAAAUGGAACUACACUAAAGGUUAAAAUAAAAGAUACAAAUUGCUUUGAUGGUUUCCUUGGCAUGGUUCAAGGUUUGCAGUUCAUGGAGACUGAUGUUAUUGCAAUCGUUGGCCCUCAGUGCUCCACAAUUUCUCAUAUAAUUUCAUAUGUAGCAAAUGAGCUCCGAGUCCCUUUGAUGUCCUUUGCUUCUGAUGCAACUCUUUCAACGAUACAGUUCCCAUUCUUUGUUAGAACUGGUUCCAGUGAUCUCUAUCAAAUGGCGGCUGUGGCAGCAAUUGUUGAUUAUAACCACUGGAAGAUAGUGACUGCCAUAUACAUUGAUAAUGAUUAUGGUAGAAAUGGAAUUAUUGCUUUGGAUGAUGCACUCACUAUAAAGCGUUGCAAAAUCUCAUACAAGGUGAGUUUUCCUUCCAAUGCUAAAAGGAGUGAGCUCAUAAAUUUGUUGGUUAGUGUCAGUUAUAUGGAGUCUCGUGUUAUCAUUCUCCAUACUGGAGCUGAACAUGGACUCAAGUUUUUCUCCAUGGCAAACCAACUGAACAUGAUGGGCAACGGCUAUGUGUGGAUUGCAACUGACUGGCUGUCUGCGUAUCUUGAUGCUAAUUCAUCAGUUCCU